AUGUCAAACUUCAGUUGGCGCCCGCCCUCUGUUCCGUUCGAGGCGCAGACACGCGAUGGCUCGCCUUUCACCGUGUGGCAUGUCUGCAUCAUCUGCCAACAACCAAGAUCUGCUCGUUAUCAUUCCGAGCAUCCCAUUGACGCCAACUUCGCAGCCUCACCACCUCAAUCCAUUUGUCGUCGCUGCGCAUCCAAAUCUUCUUCGUUGCCAUUGCAAUUGACCCUGCCUUCGCCCAUUCCUGCGCCUUCGGUUUCAGUCCUCUCAGUUCCUGUACAACCCGUCUCAGCACCAUCCAGCCCAACACCUGAACCUACUCCGCGCAUCAUCCCUUUCCGUCACGUCAAGCCUUUUGCCCCGGAGCUGCAGCACGUUGAUCUUCCGCCUCCACCUACUUCGACUACUUCGACUGUUGAACCUAAGAUUGCAUCUAUUCCCACCAUCGAAAUCAUGCCUCCUCGUGGUCCAUCCUACGAAGAGUACCUCUUUAUCAAGAGGGAGAACGACCGCAGAUGGUCGCAAUCUUCCACCAGAGACUAUCCUGCGCCUCUGAGAGACUACCACUCUGCCUCUCCCAAUGACCAUCAAUCGUCCGUCAGAGACUACACUGCGUCUGCCAGAGAAUACCUUCCGCCCACGACAGACUACCCUGCACCUUUCAGAGAUUAUCCUCCGCCCGUCAGAGAUCGUCCCGCCCCUACAAGAGAGUACCAAGCACCAGCCAGAGACUAUCCACUUCCAGCCAGAGACCGUCCUGCACCUCUCACCAAUGUCAAACCUGCUAAACGCCGCGUCUCUUUCUCUCGUGAUGACGAAGUGGCCACUCUUCCACCAUCCUUGUCUUCCGACCAAGACGACCAAUCCAUGCAAGGUCUCUCUCGUAUGCGUCUCAAGCCUCCCAACCUUUCCGGAAUGUACAGACCUCAAGACGACUACGAAUACGAGAAGCAGCGUACACGCACCUACAUCGACCCCACCGACAAACCUUACGUCCCCGAACCCAAGUGGGCUCCCCUCAGCGAAUCACCUGCACGCGAACUUCCGCUUGUUGAAGAGUCCCACGCCCAUGGUCCUUACAGAGCUGAGAACUCCCCUACCCCUAGCAUGGAAGUUCACGUUGACAAUUACGACUUUGUUGUUGACAAGGAGUACGCAAUGCGCAAACCUGCACCUCCUGGUCGUCACGAUGUACCCCCUCCUCGUCAUGAAGCACCGCCCACUCGCCAGAAGGCACCCGAUCCAGCCAAACAAAAUGACCGCGAAUGGACCAGAUAUGUGACAGUCAAGGAGUACAGAGAUGAGAAGGGCCCUUACGUUGAAGUCGAGGAGAAGUAUGUUUUUGAUGACGAGCGUUGA